UUCGUGUUGUAAGAGUUAAGUUAAGAAUACAUUAUUUAAUGAAAUUAUAACUCAUUUACUAAAAUUUUUAUUUUAUUUCCAUCACAUAAUUUUUAAAAAACUAUUUAAUUCUAAUAUUUUUUAGAUUGUUUAAUAAGUGGAUGGAAAAUAUUUAUUAAUUAAAUUGGACAAAAAUAUAUUACAAUGAAAUCAUUGUUCAUUUUAUUUCUUUUUUUUACCAUUUUUCUAAACUUUUGUAUUGGUGAUUACACUGCAAGUGAUUGUGUUCAAUUGGGGUUCAACAAGGCAAAUUUACUGUGUUCUAGUUGUGACCAACUUCAAAAAUUUGAUUUAUCUUUACUGAGUGAGAACUGUUUACAAUGCUGUCAAAUGGAUAAGGAAGUAAAGUCAAUUAAAGUGUACGCUAAAGCAAGACUAGAAGUUUGUACUUGUAAAUUUGGAGCUUAUCCUCAAAUACAAGCAUUUCUGAAAAGUGAUCGUCCUAAAAAAUAUCCAAAUCUGACUAUUAGAUAUGUCAGAGGACUUGAUCCUAUUAUAAAACUUAUGGAUAACAAUGGCAAUGUUCAAGAAGUUCUAGCUAUUGAACGAUGGGAUACUGACACUGUUGAUGAGUUUUUAAGUACUCAUUUAGAACAAGUAAAUCCAGAUGAAGAUUAUAGAUCAAACUUGGUAUAAUUAUGAUAAUACUUUUUGUUUGUGAUAUGCGUUAACUGAUAAAAACUAUUUUUUUUAAUAUGAACUAGCCUAAGAAUACUGUUAAUAGUUACAAAAUCUUUCUGCUAACAAUAUUUUUAUGUAUUUAUUCUUAUAAGGAGAGACAAUAAAAAACCAGUAAUAUUUUCAUAACUUAAAUUUAAAAAAUAUUUUAGUUAUAUGUAAGAAAUUACAUAUAACAUUUUGGAAAUGUAGUAACACUUUAAACAUUAUAAAUAAUGUUUGAUGGAAAUGUGAUAUACUUAAUAAUUUUAUCACUAUUUAAUAUACAAUAAAAAUAAUUCAAUUAUUCAAUAAA